AUGGAACCGAACGACUUCCACAUUCUAUCACGGCCCCGACUAAAGAAACUAGUUGAAGAGAAAUACGAUGGAGACCCUUACUCAUUGAUCGAAGAGCUCUCAUUCAAACUCGCCAGCCUCCAGCCCUCGUCGCAGCUUAAGUUUCGGCCCAGCUCCAGCCACCGGAUAUCGCAAGAGUACUCCAAUCCUACCAAUGAGGUGUACGCUUCAAACGCAGAAACACAAGAGUUUGCUAUUGAGCAUCACGGCUCGAAAUCCUUAUCUCAAGAUAAACCUACCCUUUCUUCCAACGGAGAACGUCGAUCCCGAAUAUUUGAGCUAUGGCACAAUAUUGUAUCCACGGAAAGUCUUGAUGAAAACAAAGUCGCCUCCGUUGAGCUUAACACGUUUAAACCAACAACGGAGGAAACCGAAGUUGAACGGUAUGAUGUUGACAAAUUUGGUUUCUACAUCAAUUAUAAUGCUCCCUUGAAAACCAACGGUUCUGCCCCAUUGAUACUGACAACAAAUGGUCUGCCGUUAUUAACAUCACUAAAGGAGAUAUCACGUAUACACGAAGGUUUCGAGCUUCAAUGGAGCCGUCAGUGGCAAUCAUUGGUGAGUCGUAUUACUAGAGACCACCAGCGCUCUCACAACUCAACUACUGACACUGACACCGAUAUAUACGGAAUUGGUGGUAUCAAUAUUGGCGAUGCCAACCGUCAGGAGUUGCUCACAUUAGUCGGUGAAAGGGGUAUCCCUCCGCAAUUUCGUGGUGAGCUUUGGUUUUGCCUCAGCGGUGCCCACAACAUACGCGUCGCUGGUGAGUAUAAUCAACUUAUUCGUGAUCUUGAGUUUCAUGUUGAUCAUGGAUCGUCCGUUGCUCGAAAUGUUCGCGAAAUCGAUCUUGAUGUCGUGCGUACACUAUGGGGCAAUUGCUAUUUCAAUGUCCUACCAGAUAGAAUCCCCGGUCCGUGCCAGGCCAAACUUCGACGUAUCCUCCUUGCAUUUGUGUCGUAUAAGCCUGAUAUUGGUUAUUAUCAAGGGAUGAAUAAAAUCGUGGGUCACCUAUUGCUCUACUCGAUGUACCUUCAUCACGUAUGGGAUGAAGAGGACGUGUUCUGGAUAUUCGUUGCAAUUGCUACCGAGGUGCUCCCAAAGUACGAUUACCAACCAUUUUUCAGCAGUAUGAAAGGUAUCAGCAACGACCAGGUGAUAUUGGAAAAGAAGUUUUUACCCAGAAUGUUUCCCGAAUUGGCAAGCCACCUCCAAUCACUAGACGUUGAAUUGGCUACGAUUACCGUUAAUUGGUGGCUUACUUUCUUCAUCGGGGUGAAAUUCCUUGACAUGGAGCUAUGGCUCAAAGUGGUGGAUGUACUACUUGUGGUGGAGCCAACAGAUCGUCUUUACUUGAUGCGCUCUCUCAAGAUGGAGGCUAUGACAUUGGCGAUAUUGAAAUGUGUGACGCCAGCAUUAAUGCUGCUUGGAGAUGCCGGUCUGGUGUAUCAGUAUCUUGAUGGCAAUCUUGGAGACAAGCCAUUGGCAGUAUUUAGAGGCCAUGAUCUUCUUCUGAGCUACCAGAGCAUCAUAAAACAACUCUCAGUGAAUGAGUUGGCAGAAUACCGUCGCCAACUCAGUUGCGCUGACCCAUAA